ACAGCUUAAACCACAAGAGGAGACGACGCAUGAAAAUUGGCGUACCAGCCGAAACUGCCCAUGGCGAAACACGUGUGGCAGCAACUCCCGAAACAGUAAAAAAACUUAUUGCCCAAGGCCAUGAGGUGUUGGUACAAAGUGGGGCUGGUGUAAAAGCUAGUUGUCCUGACCAUGCCUAUGAAGCUGUGGGCGCAAUCCUUUGCGACGCAAAGCAAGCCCUACAAGCUGAGCUCGUGUUAAAAGUACGCGGCCCCAAUGAAGAAGAACGCUCCAUGAUGCAAGGCCAAAGCACUUUGGUGGGCAUGCUAGAUCCAUUUGACAAGAAAGGCUUGGAAGAAUUGGCCAAAAUUGGUCUUACUGCUUAUGCCUUGGAAGCAGCGCCGCGAACAACCCGCGCGCAGGCGUUGGAUGUAUUGUCCAGCCAGGCAAACGUGGCAGGAUACAAAGCUGUCAUGAUAGCCGCUGAUAAUUACCAAAGGCUCUUUCCCAUGAUGAUGACGGCAGCUGGCACUAUUAAAGCAGCCAGGGUCGUAGUGCUGGGGGUGGGCGUAGCAGGUUUGCAGGCUAUUGCAACUGCCAAGCGCCUGGGCGCGGUUAUUGAAGCUUCAGAUGUACGCCCCAGUGUGCAAGAGCAGGUACACAGUUUGGGGGCAAAGUUUAUUGAAGUACCUUACGAAACGGAUGAAGAGCGAGAGGCAGCCCAAGGAGUAGGUGGCUAUGCCAAACCCAUGCCACUUUCAUGGCUAGAGCGUCAGAAGGAAGAAGUAGCCAAGCGCGUAGCUGCUGCCGAUAUAGUUAUUAGUACGGCGCUGAUACCUGGUCGCGCUGCGCCGCAGUUGAUUACAGCAGAAAUGGUUGCUAGCAUGAAGCCAGGCUCGGUAAUCGUAGAUAUUGCCGCUGGACGCGGCCCCAAUGGGAUAGAUGGCAAUUGCCCUUUGACGGAAGCUGGCAAAACGGUAGUAAAACACGGUGUAACUAUAGUGGGACAAACCAACCUUCCUGCCUUGGUGGCUGCCGAUGCAUCGGCGCUAUAUGCUCGCAAUGUAGUGGAUUUUUUGAAGCUAAUUAUUUAUUCGGACGGUGAAAACAAAGGCCAAUUGCAUGUCAAUUUGCAAGACGAUAUUGUUGCUGCAUGUUUAGUCACACGCGACUACCAAGUGAUUUGGAAUGUAACACCGGCCUUGCACACACCACUGAUGGCGCUUACCAAUGCCAUUAGUGCAAUUGUGAUAGUGGGUGGAAUGCUAGCCACUGCAUUGACGCAAAUCCCUGCUGCUACAGUAAUGGGCACUUUGGCAGUGGCUUUGGCUGCGGUCAAUGUAUUUGGCGGAUUUUUGGUUACUAAGCGUAUGCUGGAAAUGUUCAAGAAAAAAGACAAAUCUACCAAAAAAGACCAAAACAAACCCGCUGCACUCAAAGGGCUCUCACACCCCACCACGUCUAUUCGUGGAAAUAUAUUUGGCAUGGUAGGAAUGGCUAUCGCUAUUGUUACGACUUUUGUGCUUAUUUUUAAAAUGGCCGAUGAGAUGCACGUGACUUUGGGUGCAAGCCUUGGUUAUGUUCUUGGAGCUCUGGCGAUUGGAGGGGGGAUAGGGGCCUAUAUGGCUCAUAAAGUGGAAAUGACCAAAAUGCCAGAAUUGGUGGCAUUUAUGCACAGCAUGAUAGGGUUAUCAGCGGUAUGCAUAGCAGUGGCUGUAGCGAUAGAGCCUUGGGCAUUUGGUAUUGCAGCGCAUGCGCCGCUGUCUAUUCCAGCAGGCAAUAGGGUCGAGCUGGCACUGGGAGCUUUUAUAGGCGCGGUUACUUUUAGUGGUUCAGUUAUCGCCUUUGGCAAACUCUCUGGGAAAUAUAAAUUUCGUUUGUUUCAGGGCACGCCCGUAACAUUCAAAGGGCAGCAUAUAUUAAACGCAAUCUUAGGUUUAGCAGUGGCCUUUUUUGUAUUUGGUUUUUGGCACAGUCAGAGCAUGAUGGACUUUUAUAUAGUUGUUGCGCUUGGCUUUCUUUUAGGUGUAUUGCUUAUUAUUCCCAUAGGCGGUGCUGAUAUGCCAGUUGUGGUGUCCAUGCUCAAUAGCUAUUCUGGUUGGGCUGCUGCGGGCAUAGGAUUUUCGCUUAAUAAUUCCAUGUUAAUUAUUGCUGGCUCUUUGGUUGGAAGUUCGGGUGCAAUUUUGUCUUAUAUCAUGUGCAAGGCCAUGAACCGUAGUUUUUUCAACGUUAUCUUGGGCGGUUUUGGUGGGGAAAGUGAUGGAGCAGCUACUGGAGAUGGACAAAAGCGCAAUGUUAAAACGGGCAGUGCAGAUGAUGUGGCUUUUAUUCUCUCCAAUGCUGAGAGCGUGAUUAUUGUUCCUGGAUACGGCUUAGCUGUUGCACGCGCCCAGCAUGCCGUCAAAGAGCUGGCGCAAUUGUUGCGGGAAAAA